AGAUAUACUUGUGCUUUAAUCGCAGGAUCUGCAAUCGUCUGUUAGUCUGAGAACCCUUGACAAGGCCAUACGCUUGAGAGUUUAGGGUGCGCUUCAAAUUUUUUUUCUUCAACAGACACACAAUGGAAAACAUCGGCGAGAUCAUCCCGUUUGCUAAGGAGAUGCUGAACCGGAGGCCGAGCCGAGAAAUGCUGAAGAUCUACAUGCUGGGCUCAACUGUGGCAGUACUGGGAGCAAUCGGUGGACUGGUGGAAACUGUUUUACUGCCAUUUGCAGAGCAAGAGAAUGUUGAGGAUGCACCAGCAGAGCUGGACAUGGAGAAGGAGAAGAAGCAGGUGUUAAGGUCAAGCACCACCUCGGCUCAGCCUGAAGUUGUGGAUGUGCUAAAUAAGUUAAUGAUUGAGGCAGAGGACGAACAUCUGGUGGCAGCUGAGCAGAGGAGCUCUCAUUGCUUAGAUGCUUCUUAAAGAAACCCUCACGUCCUGGUUUAAAUGAACCCGACACGUGCAAUGUUGAUGGUGAUGGUGGUGAAUUAAAACACCAUGUUGAACUGGUUA